AUGAUUCAAGAGUAUGGAGGAAAUGCCCGUGAAGUCAUUGCUCGCCAAUUGGCUCAAGUUAGACUUCAAUGUAUUGCUGUUCCACCACCAAAACCAGUCGGAAAAGAAUUAACCACAGCAGAGAAACACAAACAAAAACUGGAAGAAGCUGAGAAUCCAACCAAACCAACCAUUACUUUGAAGGAUGGAGCAAUGACAAUUUCUGUUCAGUUAGGUUUGGGUGCCGCCGGUGUUCCAAGUUAUUCCUAUGUGAGUGAGACUCUGAACGCCUUGUUCGGAGUGAGUGCAUCCUAUUUUAAGCAGGUUUUGGAGGAUCGUAUUGCCAAGACUAAGGAGGAAAUCAAGAGAGAAGUCGACGAUCCAAACUUUGAUAUUGAAAUUGUUUUUGAUUGGCAAAGUUUCCAAAACGCUGGAAAUAUGGACUCUGCUUUGAAUAAUAUGGCUCGUUGGGAUUGUUGGUACUCCCUUCAAACAUUGCCUCGUGCUUUCAGAUGGGCCAAGUCCGAUUAUCCAGUCACACAUGAACGAUUGAAGAAAUCUCUCAAGAGAGUUGUGUUUUCCAAUGCCGAGGAUGACGGUGUUGAGAAGAGAUAUUGGCACAGCUAUGCCAUGUUGACCAAUGGAACAUUGGAAAUGAGAGGUGUUUACAGAGAAUAUUGGGGUUAUAUUUACAGCUACGAUGUAACACGAGCAGUUGCUUAUGGAUGCAUCCUCGACGAGGCUGAUCAAGCUUUUGAAAAUAAUGAAACUCUAGAUAAUGAGAAAUUGGACAUUUUGGUUCGUGCUGUUCGCGAAAUUUGUUCCUCUAGUGCAGUCAGAUAUGGAAACUUGAAGCCACUCAUUGAACUCUCAAAGAGAAAAUGCUUCCCUCAAUUGGACGAAAUCGAUCAAGAAGCUGUUGAAAUUUGCUUGAAAACAUACUAUAAGGAAGUCAUGUGCGAAGAGAAACAAGAAUACAACGAGGACGCACCAUUCCCAGAGACAGUCAUUAAGGCCUACUCGAUCAACAAGACUAACUUUAGAGGACAAGUACAAACUCGUCUCGCUGUUAUUACCAACAAGGCUCUUUACACAUUUGCCUUUGACUACAAGAAGAAGGAACUCAUCAAGAGAAGAGCUCACCGUUAUGUUUAUAACAACAUUUACUCCACUAGAUAUGGCCCUCUCAGAGAAGACAACAUUCAAGUGGUCGGAGGUGCUGCGGGCGCUAUUGCAAACGCUGCUCAAGACUUGAUGAAGGAUUUGUCAAACUAUGGUCUCAAGAUUUAUACCAAUAUCAUUACAUCCAUGAAGGAAAGAAUGACAGAAAAGGCCAUUUCAAAGGCAGCCAUCGGAACUGAAAAGGAACCUGUUGUUGAUAUUCCUGGUUUGCCAAAAUUCAACAGCCCUGGAUUCUUGCUUAGAACAGCUGCCACCAGUUUGUACAAAGACAAGGUUGAUACCCAAGUCAGCGUGAAUGGUCUUCCACAAGCCAAUGUGGCCCAUUCCUUGGAGGUUGCUUCUGAAAUGUUUGACACACUCUCAGAGACUGUUGAAUUGGAUCUUCCAAACUUGCCUAACAUGAAGCUAACUAAUUUGCUUCUUCAAAUUUGUGAAAUUUUGGAGCAGUACAAUGACGAUAUGGAUUUGGAAAUUCCAAGUUCUAUUACCAUCAGUUCUCUCAUCAGAAGUAUCAACCAUGCUGUCUACAACUUGGAACAAUCUGGUAAAACACCUACUCGAAUUUGA